UGAAUCAUUACGAACCGUUGAACCAAUAAGCUUGUAGGGUACUGCAGUGCCAGGAUGACCUUUAUUGGCGUAUUUCGACAACCGGUCGCUGUGGCGGCGACUGCAGCCAGAGUUUAAUCUAUGAAUCCCUGUCAUAACACAAGACCGGGUUUUUAUUGUUUGUCUAAUCAGUUGGAGCUAACAGCUAGCAAAAAUGGGAGGAAAUGGAAGCACGGUCAGGAAAGUGUCAUUUGGACUGGACGAAGACGAGAAGGUCACAGUAAUUGAAGGAGUUAAGCUCUCAGGGGAUGUGCUCCGGCGAAUGAGGGAAUCUCAAGGGCCUGAAAACACCAAGCCGCCUCCUUCUUUGACACCAGGUUCAAAACCAACAAGGUCCUCCACUGCAGAAAUACAGGAAGAACUGCGCAAAGACCAGCAAGCCCUGGUGCAGGAUCAGUUGGCCAGAUUGGCUAAGAGGAAAGGAGAGACUGCAGUAACCACAGGCCUGGAUGAGCUGACCCCUGCUCUCAUCAUCAAGACGGGGAAGGUCCAUGAAGAGCAAGAAAAGGCUAGGAUACUGGCCAAACAGCUGGAGAGGAAAGAGAAGGAGCUGGCCGUCAUCUCCAGCUUCUAUAAAGAGCAACUAGAAAUACUGGAAAAAAAGAACUUUGACAACUACAAGGAGGCGGCUGAACAGUACCACCAGGCAGCUACCAGAGCUGAGGCUCACAUCCGGCCCCGGCCGACUGCAUCUGUGUGCACUGAGCUGCAGGCCAAGGUGUUCCAGUGCUAUAGAGAAAAUCCACAGCAGACCCUGCACUGCUCCAGCUUGGCCAAACAGUACAUGACCUGUGUCCAGCAAGCUAAGAAGAGCUUACAGAUGAAUCACGGCUGAGAAAUCCAAAGAACGCAGGAGCAGGAAAAGAAGAAAUGGAGAGAACAUGUUAAAUCCAUCAGUUUCUCGCCUCCCUCUGUCUUUUUUCUGUCCAUGCUUUUUUUUUUUGUUGUUGCAGUCACUGAAUAACCCCCUCCUAUUUUCCAUUCGCCAUCUUACUUGGUUUUUGAGUGUAUUAUCUUGAUUUGUCACUCCAGAGUGUAUGAUGUGUUGAUUUAUUGUCAAGUUGCGCUGGCACACCUCUGCCAUUGCUGAAAUAAAUCCCAGUGAUCCGGUGGUGAUGAGACUG